AUGCUUUCUGCGACGAGGAGACCGCGAAGACCGAGGCGAAGAAGGAGCAGCUCGAGGACGAGAGGGCGACUCUUGCUGGCGAGCCUCGACAGCGGGGCAGCCCUGUCCGCCGAGCGGAAGAAGCAGGUCCGCGAGCUCCAGGAGGGGCUGGCCGCGCUUGCCAAGGAGCGGGUGGGCAUCCUCAAGGUCCGUGCCCAGGAGAGCGAAGCUCUCAAGCAGGCGAAGGCCGACCUGGAGCAGGGCAUCUUGGCAGUGCGCAACGCGAUCACGCUCCUCCGCCGGUACUACGGCAGCAGCGGCCAGGACGAGUCCGAGGCGCUGCUGCAGCAGGCGCUCGGCGAGGGGCAGCCCGCCAGGCCCGCGCCGCACGAGCCGGCGGAGGGCGCGGGCGGCGCCAUCUUGGCCGCGCUUGAGGUGGUGAUGUCCGACAUGGCGGGGAGCCUCGCCGCCGUCGAGACCGAGAACAGCAAUGCGCGGGAGGCGUAUGAAAAGAGAAUACAAGAGAUCGACGUGUCCACUGCCCUGAAGGGCAAGGACGUCGUGUAUAAUACACAAGAGUUCCGAGCGGCCGACGCGGACGUCGACCGCCUCUCCGAGGCGCGCGGCGCCGGGGAGCAGGAGCUCUCCGCCGUGCUGGAGUACUACAAGAAGGUCCGGGAGAGGUGCGUGGGGAAGGCCCCGUCGUACGAGCAGCGGGCCUCGCGCCGGACGGCGGAAAUGGACGGCCUCCGGGAGGCGCUCGACGCGCUGGAGGAGGCGGCGGGGGCGCCCGCGCCGGAGUUCGUGCAGGUGCGGUCGCGGCACAGGCACAGCCUGCGGGGCGACGCCAUCGCCCAGGGCGGGUGA